AUGAAAUACGCUUUACUAUUUCUAAUUUUUGAAGUAGUCUUUGUAACAGCUUAAUUGUGCACGGAAACAAACUCAGUCUUGAACUAUAAGUACAAAGCUAGCAGUCCCAACACCUAAAAUAAUGAAUGGAAUUACCAAUCCAUAACAUCAUUUGAACAGUGUAAAUAAGGAAUAACAUCAGAUACAAAAAACUUCGACAUCUCUCAAGUUUCCUUACUAAAUCCCAAAAUAAGUUUAGAUGUUGAAGACAUGAUUUAGUUAGUGAUGGAUAAUGCUUCAGGACCUUUGGCUUAAUAUAAGACUGAUUAAAUCAAAUUGAUAUCCUGGGGAGCCACUAACAUUGCAAGAUAUCAAUCUGUGUAUUUCACAAUUGGAAGUGCAGAGCAUAAUUUUGAUUUUUGGUCAAAAGCUCCUGACGCUGAAAUUCAAGUGUUUUUCAUUUAGGAUUAAAUCUAUCAAUAAUGUGAUGUCGAACCUCUUUAUGCAGUAUUAUCAAUACCAGUCUAUGGAUUAACAGAGACCCAGGAUAUCAGAUAUGCAAUAAACAUGAAUGUUACAACAAAUCUUGAUUAAAUUCCAGAUUUCGAUUUCAAAUAAAAUAUACUUGGUGCAUAUAAUUCAGAUAUGACAAGCUUUGUAUCUUAUAAGGCACCUCUCAAUAUCCCACCAUGUGGAAAUACCAAUUGGUUUGUGUUGACAUAACCUUAACUCAUUAAACAAUCAUUAUUGUUUGGAUUAUUGGGCUUAAAUUUUGAGAAAACUUUAUAAAGAACUUCGUUGGAAGGCAAGAAUUUGAAUUUCAUAAAAGGAAGAUUCAUUUAUGAGGGUGAAGAUAACAUGAAGGAUUAUGAUGAUACUGUAGAAUGGGCUGCUACCUGGGUUGCAUCAAUCAUUCCAUGCUUAUUUUUUGCAUUGAUUGUUUGCGUCUAUGGUUAAUAUGAACUAUCCAAUAUUGGAAGAUUUAAGAGACCUGAGGCUAAAUAACAUGAAGGAAUGGAAUAAGAAGCUUUACAUUAGGAUGAUGCAGUGGAAAAUAAACUUGCAUGACAUAAUGUUAUAUUUAUUGUCAAAUUUACCAAUAUUUAUUUUUUAA